AUGACCACUCCCAUAUGCCGAACAUCUCGCCGUCCACCGGUCAAGCUUGCUUGUCUGGCCUGUCGAGCAUCACGGAUCCGAUGCGACGGGAAGGAAAAAUGUGCGAACUGCAUCUCCCGGGAGAGGACAUGUUGCUAUGUUCCCAGCAAGCGAGGGGGAGCGAGAGUUCCUCGCAACAAGCGCAAGAGCAGAAGCAGACCAUCGUCGUCUUCGACCGUAGAGAAGGAUGAGAGUCGGCAGGCGUCAACACCUAGUGCAGAGGGAUCAUGGAAUUCAAACAAUGAGGAUGACCUUCUCGAUCAUUUUCUGAGUCUAGCGAGACCUGGUGCUGGACUACGCAGCAUCGAAAGCUCGGUGGCCGAAAUGGAACACAUCUUUGACCAUAUCUUCGGGGUUGAGAACGAGAAUCCCCUUUUCCCUGAAAGUGAUGAGUCUGUCUCGGAUCUGCUGCAGGUAUACGGUAGCGACAAGGACAUACUCGAUGCAUACUACGUUUUCAUCCAUCUCUACUAUCCCCUCCUACCUCCUCCGGAAAGGCUCCCGGCUUGCAAUCGUCCACUGAAUGGACAUCCGACAUUCCGACCGUCCAGUCCGCUAAGCCUGGCCAUCUCUGCCAUUCUCGUUCUCAUUCCCCACCCCGGAAUCAAGCAACCAUCGUCGCCGGAGUAUACGCGACUUCGACGGAACGUGGCCCACAGUUUUGCGCAGUCGGCUCUAGAAGCAGUAGAGGCCGAUCUGGAGUUACUAGACUCCUCGUCUGACCCGUCCAGAGCGCUUAGCGACGGGGCCCCAAUGAUAUCCCGGCAGCCCUUCCAUCCGAAAGUGCCAGUGCCACUCGAGGCUGUUCUGGCACUUGUACUCUUGAGUGUCUAUGAAUAUGCCCAACGGGGUAAUAUCAGGAAGAUGUGCAACCGCGCGGGACAGGCCUUGACAGCUGCGAUGAGCAUGUCACUGCAUGAGAUGGUCGAGGACGACGAGUACGCCGAGGCGCGUCGCAGAGCUUGGUGGAUAACUUAUUUGACCGUCUGUCAAGGCUCGAUAGCUAGCGGGAUGCCGGCUGCAUUCAAUUUGUACGACCCGCGCUUUGUGACGCCGUAUCCCGAGGGAUGGAAACUCCUCAUUGAGGCACAGCAGACAAUCCUCGAGGCCACCACGUUCGUCCACGAUCUCGACCAGACCGUCAAAUCUCGGUUCAAAGCAUCCUGGAUCUCGAGUCGAAUGACAGAACUAGACGAUCAAAUCACGACCCUUCUUCUCUGCAGACGGUCCUCCGUAUCCACGACGGUCUCCCCCUUGGACUCACCGGAGAAGAUAGCCUCACAGACCAUCAACCAGAUUGCGAAGAUCAAGCUACACAGCGCUCGCAUCAAAGUCCACCGAUUCUGCGCCUUUCUGGACGUCCCCGUCUUCCGCAAACGCCACUGUGAUCUCCAAGCCGAAUGCUGUGGCGUUGAGCCCGCAGAAUCCGCCAUCCCGGAAGAUAUUCCCCUUCCUUCAAUCAUGAGAGCUGACCUCCCCGAUCUCACGUUUCCAUCCUCCUCGCAUGAAUCGUCCAAAAUAUGUCUUCAGUCUGCGCUAAACAUCGUCACCCUUGUCGAUAACCUCCCCUACCCGAACCCAGACCAUACCAUACCCUUGACCCUACCUCCGUAUCUGUCACAUGCCUCCCGUGUAGAAAUACCCCGAGUGAUGCCAACCUUCGCCUGCUGCGUAAUGCAGGCAAGCUAUGCGAUGCUGAUGCUGUAUCUCAAGGCGCGGGCAAAACAUGCCAAUAGCCCCGAGGACUCGGUGUCUGUCAAAGGCCUGUCGCUCACGGGGUUUCUGAAUGAGUUGCAGCAGAACCUCCGGCUUGUUUCGAAGAUUCUGGCCAAUUUUGCGAUUGCUGCUGAGGCGUUGCAGGGUAUGAAGGGUGAGUUUUUGUUCUUCGUUUCUGCCAUGUUGUUUGCUGACCAGGUUAGAGGAGGUAUCGCAUUGGGCUUUCUUGGAGGGUUGAUCGGGUCUAUAGUAUAG